AUGGGGCCGAAGAAGCCACUAGCAGGCUCGCCUGUGAAGAAGAAGUCGAAGGACCAUUCCAAGGGGGCUGCAAUACCAACCGGUGAUGGCCACGACAAAGAUCGAGGAGGUGCUGGGGGUACCGGUGCAGGAGGUGCCGGGAGUGGAGCGGCGGACGGUUCGCUUUCAGGUGCAGGGCAAGACAACGACGAGAUGGACGCGUACCACGAACCAGUAAAGAAAAUCGUGAUUCCUGACAACCAGCUCAAGCUGUCGCCGCAGGAGCUGAACGAGGAGUUCUCGCGGGUGCUGACAGCGAACGACCCGAAUGUUCCGAACAACAUCACCAAGUACAACUACAAGGAGAGGACGUACAAGGUGGACCCACCCGGACCAGGAGACCACCUGUACGUCCAUCUCUGCAGCGACGGCAGCAUGAUCCACAAGGAGUCCGAGGACGCCAAGACGCAGGCGGCUUUCGACCAAAAGUAUGCCGAAGAAGAGAAGGAGGCGCGGGAGUUGGCUAUCAAGCAGGCCAAAGAGGAAGCGGAGGCGAAAGGAGAGAAGAUCGACGAGGCGGCUCUGCAGUUCGAGUCCGGCAAGAACCAGUUCAACUACAGCGAGCGCGCAGCUCAGACGUACACCAACCCACUGCGGAAACGCGCCGUUGAGACGGAACCUCCACCCGUGGUGAGCUUCAUGGCCACAGUAACGCAGUGGGAGAUCUACGACACGUUCAUGGACGCGUACGAGCAGCACCAGCGUGAACAAAUUCAGCUUCAGAAGGUGGCACAGAAGAAGGAUAAAGACGAGAAAGACGGUGGAGGUGCAGCGGCAGGAGGUGCAGAGCUACUGGCAGCAGCACCAACCGCAGCAGCCGGAGGAGGUGGCGGUAGUGGAGGUGGUAAAGGGAAGGGAGACGAUAUGGUGCACUCCGCAGCAAUGGGGAAGACGCUUCGCAUCAUUGAGCGCAUGGUGAACCAGAACGCGGACGACGAGAUCUUCCACGACUUCAAGUACUGGGAGGACGCGAGUGAUCAAUUCCGCGAGGGCGAAGGCUCGCUGCUGCCUCUCUGGCGCUUUUCGAGUGAACGUGCCAAGAAGAAGCAGGUCACGGCCGUGUGCUGGAAUCCUCGAUUCGGCGACCUGUUCGCCAUCGGGUUCGGCUCCUACGACUUCCUCAAGCAAGGCAGCGGCGUAAUAUGCUGCUACUCGCUCAAGAAUGCGUCACACCCGGAGUUCACGUUCACGACCGAGUCGGGGGUCAUGUGUCUCGACUUCCACCCACAACACGCUGCGUUGCUAGCUGUGGGGUGCUACGAUGGAACCGUGUUGGUGUACGACGUCCGCAGCAAGACCAACCGGCCAAUCUACGUGGCCACCAUCAAGACAGGCAAGCAUACCGACCCGGUGUGGCAAGUCAAUUGGCAAGAGGAAGACCUGGCGAAGGAGCUGAACUUUUACUCGAUCUCGUCGGACGGUCGGGUGGCCAACUGGAUCUUGAGCAAGAACGAGCUCAAGAUGGAGCCCGUGAUGCAGUUGAAGCUGGUGGCAGCGGCCAAGGAUGAUCCAGAAGAGGCGUCGUUAUCUGGACUGGCUGGUGGCUGCUGCUUCGACUUCAACCGCUUUAGUGAGCACCUCUUCAUCGUCGGCACAGAAGAGGGCAAGCUGCACAAGUGCUCGAAGGCGUACUCUGGACAGUAUCUCGAGACGUACGCAGGCCACCACAUGGCCGUGUAUGCUGUGCGCUGGAAUCCGUUCCACGAGCGAGCCUUCCUGUCUUGUAGUGCUGAUUGGACGGUGAAGCUGUGGGAUCACAACCUGCCCGAGCCCAUCAUGUCGUUCGACUUGGGAAAUGCCGUCGGCGAUGUGGCGUGGGCUCCGUACUCCUCGACCGUCUUCGCCGCUGUAACCAGUGACGGCAAAGUACACGUGUUUGACCUGGCAGAGAACAAGAACGAACCAUUGUGCGAGCAGAAGGUCGUGAAGCGUGCCAAACUUACACACUUGGCCUUCAACAGCCAGGACCCCAUCGUGCUCGUUGGAGACGACCGUGGCGGCGUGAACGCACUGAAGCUCUCACCCAAUCUCCGCAAAAUCGUCGGUUCUGGAGAGGACGACGGUGGGCCUGCUGCAAAUGGAGUUCCAGGAGGUGGCGACGCUGGUGUCAGUACUACCGCCGAGCUGCGCAAUGUGAAGGCACGGUUCAAGAAGGAGUUCGAGAAGAUCGACAAGCUUCUGAGCGCAAACGACAACAAGGUAGAGCGGUAA